ACGAAGUUGCGAAAGUUGUUCUCCCCCAUCAAUCAUACGCUGCAACAGAUUAUGGCCGCAACAGAAGAGAUGGAACGUAAGUUCGCGGCGAGUUUCCUGGAAGGAGUAGACUAUUCUAGGGAAGGGGACUCGUCUGAACUUGUGAGGGCAAGAGUUGAGCUGGCCGCAUUACAGAACAAAUUCGGGAAUAUGGGAUUUGUGUCUGACCCUGUCGCCCAUCUAGAACAGUGGAGGCGUUGGCGAGAACACUUCGUCGAGCUGUCGGUGUGCCUGGUCGGAGUAAGGGUCACGUGGACGCGGCAUGGGGAUCACCGGCAGUGGACCGAGUACCACGAGCUGCUUGUCAUCCAAGCGUGGCGAACGGAAGUGGAGGGCGACCUGCUCGGAUUCCUCUUCAGAUCGGUGCGGCCCGAUCAUCGCCAACUGAUCGUGCAGGAGCUAACGGUCCCCCUUGCGCAGCUGGCCGACGAUCUCCUACUCGAGAUCGUCUCGCAAAGCGACGACAGCCCAAUCCCACACGUUCUCACAUGGACCUUGACGCCAUAUCUUCAGUGGUCGGCGUGCUUGGAGGAACCAGGAAGCGGCCGCAACCCACCAUCACAACGUGGUUAUCUGGACCCGCAAGAGAUAGUCGACCUCGCCUUCUUUCUAGAUCGGACAGCUUCCGAGAACGAGGAAGUAGAGAUUGAAGCGGAAGAAGAAAGCUCAGAAGAAGAAAAAGAAGCCGAAAAAGAGGCCGACGAGGAAAAAACUCCCGAAGAGGGGAGUUACAGUGAGCACAGCGAAGGAGAGCAAAGUGAGGAGGAGGAAGAAGAGCAAAGCGACGAAGAAGAAGAAGAUCAGGACCAAUUGGAAGAGUCGGAGUGGGAAGGAUUCGAGGACGAAGUGCGUGACGAAGCUCGGUCGCAGGCCCAGGCGCAGAAGAGGGAAGAGAUCGCGGCCGGGAAGCGACAGUUGGAGUUCGCCAUCGCAGCUGGUCAGCCGCGCACCAACGAUCCGGCCCGAGAUCUGGAGCAACCUAAGCCCGAGGAUGGGGAGACAGCUGCCGAGACUUCAGCCGCACCAGCCGGACGGCGACGAAGCCGAUCCCCCUCCCCCUCCGCCGCCGACCGCCCACCAACUCGUCCACGUACCGAUGCGGGGCAUCGGGCUUCGUCCCCUGUCGUUAUCCCACCAUCCCCUUGACCACCUCUCUUUCCACCAGAUUUCUACUCGCGUCACCUUCCCCGACA